AUGACGGGCCGCCGCCGCGCCCUCCUCGCGCUAGCGCUGCUGCUCCUCGCCGUCGCGCUCGCGCCCGCCCCGGCCGCGUCCCAGCAGCAGCAGCAGCCCCCGCUCGACCCGCCGCCGUCCUGGGCGUUCCCCAACCCGCGCCUCCGCGCGGCCUACGUCGCGCUGCAGACCUGGCGCCGCACCGCCAUCUUCUCCGACCCGGCCAACUUCACCGCCAACUGGUCGGGCCCCAACGUCUGCACCUACAACGGCGUCUUCUGCGCGCCGCACCCGGCCGACGGCGGCGUGGUCGUGGUCGCCGGGAUCGACCUCAACCACGCCGACCUCGCCGGGUACAUCCCCGACUCGCUCCCCGCGGGGCUCCCCGACCUGGCCCUGCUCCACCUCAACUCCAACCGCUUCUGCGGCGUGCUCCCGGACACCUUCCUCCACCUCCGCCUCCUCCACGAGCUCGACAUCAGCAACAACCGCUUCGUCGGCGGCUUCCCGGAGGUCGUGCUCCAGCUGCCCUCGCUCCGCUACCUGGACCUCAGGUUCAACGAGUUCGAGGGCGGCAUCCCGCCCGCGCUCUUCGACCGCCCGCUCGACGCCAUCUUCCUCAACUCGAAUCGCCUCACGCGCCCCAUCCCGCCCAACCUAGGCAACUCGCCGGCCUCUGUGCUCGUGCUCGCGCACAACAGGCUCGGGGGGUGCAUCCCGCCGUCGAUUGGGAGGAUGGCCGAGACGCUCAACGAGAUCGUGCUCAUCGACGACGACCUCACCGGCUGCAUCCCGCCGCAGGUCGGGAUGCUCAGGAAGGUGACCGUGUUCGAUGUCAGCGGCAACGGCCUGCAGGGCCCGCUCCCGGCCACCGUCGCUGGGUUGGUGGCCGUCCAGGAGCUCAACGUCGCCGGGAAUCUCUUGGAGGGCGCGGUGCCGGCGAGCGUCUGCGGGCUGUCGAGUCUGAGGAACUUCACCUACGAGGACAACUUCUUCACCGGCCGGCCGGGGUGCGCCGUGGCGACGGCGGACGGCAGGUGGAACUGCAUCCCCGGCGCUCCCGCGCAGCGCCCGCCGGCACAGUGCGCCGCGGCGGCUGCCCGCCCGUUCGACUGCAGCAGGGCACAAUGUCAGGCAGCACCACCGCCAGGCAGGCGCGGAGGCGGCCGCCAGCCGCCCUCUCCCAGAGCUGGGCCGUCGAGGAGCCCGCGUGCGCCGGGCUCGUCUACGCCGUCGAGCCCAUUGACCCCGCCGGGCUGGUUUACGCCGCCGGGCCCAUUGUUCCCGCCGGGCUCGUCCACUCCAUCGUCUCCGUCCCCGCCCGGGGGUUCCACAACGCCAGGAACGGCGGCGCCGCCGCCGCCGACCCACAGCGAGAGCCCCGGGCACGCAAUGCCGCCCUCAACCACACCACCAUCCCAGGGCACCCCGCCUCCGUCCUCCGGCAACCAGCCGCCGUCCGCGUCCUCACCGUCCAGCCACCAACCCACAACACCUCCCCCCGGGUACGCCCCUCCGGCCCUCACGCCGCCGACCGCGCCCACGCCAUCCUCGCCACUGCCGCUGCCGGCCCCUGGUCCCUGGACACCACCCCCUCCACCAAGCGGCGAGGGCGGAACGCCAUCCUCUCCACCAAGCGGCGAAGGCGGAGCGCCAUCCUCUCCACCAAGCGGGGAAGGCGGGACGACGCCGGUUCACGGCAUGCCAUACUCGUCCCCGCCACCACCACCAACGACAGUGCCGUUGCCCCCGGUCCACGGCGUGUCCUACUCGUCGCCGCCGCCCCCGCUCCUCCCGCCGGUCUACGGGGUGUCCUACUCGUCGCCGCCGCCGCCAAUGCCGCCGGUCCACGGCGUCUCCUACGGGUCGCCGCCGCCGCCCACGGGGCCGUAGAGCUAGCUGCUAGCUAGGUAGUAGCCGCAGGCUGAUCGGUCGGCCCGUCCGGCCGCCACCUCCACGGCCGGAACGCUCGUCGUCAGCCAGCCAGUCCGUCUUGUCGUCACCAGUACAUCUCUCUCCGUAGCUUCCUUCUUCUUGGACGUUCUUGUAUUUUCUUCACAUUUUCUCCCUGCCGUCUGUCCAUUUGUUAUGUCGUUAUUUGAUCCCGAAUUAAAUUCAAAGCAAGUCUCCGCGGUGGAUUCUUUCACUUC